AUGUCUGGGCACAGACACAAGACUGACAAGGUCUCUCAACCUAAGCUGGUCCACGAGGCAGAUGCCUCUCAAGCUUUGAAGAAUGCCUUACAUGGAGGACCAAGACCAGCCCGGGACUUUGAGAUUGGUCAACUCGUUUAUUUCUGGAGGAAAGGAACGGACGGACCGAAAAAGAACCGACCAGGUUUCUGGAGAGGACCCGGAUGCGUGGUGCUGACAUCACCACCGAGCACGGUUUGGGUGAACUACCGGGGCUUCAUUGUCAAGGCAGCACCAGAACAGCUUCGUCUGGCCACUGAGGAUGAGAGGUUUACCCUGACCGGAUGGAUCAACGACCUAGCCGGGACCAGGGAGGAAAUCGAAAGAUUUCCUCGGCAAGGCUAUAUCGACCUCACCAAGGACCCGUUCCCGACCAACGAGAUAGAGGAUGAGGACCCGGAGGAGCAGCCAGAAUCGAGAGAUGGACCUCGAUUCCGACUUCACGGAAAGACAGCACGAGAACAAGUACCACUGCGAGACAACGAAGAUCCUGGUGAUGAAUGGAUUCUGGAUGAAAAACAAGGAAUGCUACAUCGAGUACAUCGGCAGCCUCGCGAGUCCUACUUCCAACCGAGUGAGGAUUGGCUCAUGUGCCCGGUUGACCGGAGUCGCAUUCGAAGCUGCCGAAUGACUCGAGGCAAUUACACCUGUGGAGGCGAACCGUUUUACAAUGAAGAUGACUGGAUUGUGAAAUACGGAAAUGAGACCCCGAUGAUGCCGUGGACUGGAAGAACCACGUUCCGUCUACAUCCACCCGAAGUUCAACCUUCCGGAGGAGACCUUUGUCGCGGACCCCUUAGACCUUCUGGAGAAGAACGACACGCCGCGGAGAUUGACGAGAAGGACUUUGAAGAAGGACCUCAACAUCUGCGAAGAGGUCACGAGGAGGUAGCCGAUGGUGAUGGUGAAGAAGAGGGCCCUCUAACCAAGAGGUUUAGAGGGAGUAUGAUCGAGACUGAGGACGAGUACACCCCGAGUUUAGCGGAAGAUGAGACUGAAUCGUUGGCCAGAGGAGAAAUCAGACCUCGAGAUGAGGAUGAGAUGUCUGGACCGAGCCACAAACGUCAUCGGUCAGACGUGCUGGACUUCUAUCUCACGUCCGUGGAGAAGGUCAUGGCCGCCAAGCUGAAAAAGGAGGUGACAUUCGGGAAACUUGACAAGGAGGAGAAGAAGCGCUUCCAGAAGGCUUUAGAAAAGGAAGUGAAGAACAACCUCAAGACUCAGGCCUACACGAUCCUUUCACCUGAAGAAUCGGAAGAGAUUCGCAGGAACCAGCCAGAGAAGAUCGUAAAAUCAAGAUUUGUGAUGACGGAGAAGAACAUUGAUGAGGACGAGAUCGAGAAGGCCAAGCAGGAGGGAGUAUUACUCAAGGAGGAUGGGCCUAACAGCACCAAGGCGAAGGCUCGACACGUCAUGAAAGGUUUCAGUGAGGAGAACUCAGAAAACCUUGAGACGACAACUCCACAAUGUGGCCGGGAAACCGUGCUGAGCGUGCUUCAACUGAUUUGCAGCCGGAAAUGGAUACCUGGCUACCUGGACUUCACCCAAGCCUUUCAUAGUGGGGAUGACAUCCAGCGCGAGAUCUAUGCGGCUCAACCUCAUGACUGUCCUCCACCUGGUUAUUCACCUCGUCAGCUGCUGAGACUCUUGAAAACUUGCUAUGGCCUUUUGGAUGGGCCCUACGCCUGGUAUCAGCACCUGAAAGGAGUCUUGCUGAAACUGGGCUAUGAAUGCAGCGCUGCUGACCCCUGCCUUUUCUAUCUGUUCGGUCAGAAGCGAGAACUACGAGGAAUCAUCAGUGAGAUUGUCUGCAAUUCCGAUGGCACCUUCCUGGUACACCAACAGUUGUACACCCAGAAGUUACAACCAAUCAAACUUGAAGCAGCCCGGAAGAAACAAAAGUAUGCCUACUGCUCGGAGAGCGAAAUCAGCCAGUUGAGAGGACUUCUGGGAGGGCUCUCAUGGCUGUCUAAGGAGACUAGACCAGAUCUUGCUGGCCGAGUUGCUCUACUUCAGCAGUCGAUGCCGAAGCCCUUCAUCCAGGACAUCGUGGAGGCCAACGCUUUGGCUCGCGAGGCCAUCAAGUAUGCUUCGACUGGACUGAGGAUUCAUCCCAUUCCGAUUCAACAUCUUCGAGUAGGAACAGUGACGGACGCAUCCUGGGCCAAUGUUCGAUUGGACGAAACAGUUCCAUCGGAAGACUUUUGGGAAGAGAGGAAGGACCGAUGGAUUCGACAUCACGUACAACCACGUCGACUUCUUUUUCAUCCUGCUUCAGUACCAGGAGGUCCUAACGUAUAUGACCUUUGUGAAGAGCGCUACACCGUGGCCGAUGGAGAGGAGUUCGAGGAUCAGUGGAACAAUCGACAGAGCAUCCGCACUCAUCGCGAUGAACAAUGGUGUGGUCAGACUGUCUUCAAGAAGAAACAGGAAAAGGAACCGGACAAGAAUGUCAAUGAGAAGUUUAUCCAGCAGGAUAAGCUAGCCAGCCAAGGGGGGUAUAUCACGUUUUUCUACGAUGCUCGGAUGGAGACAGAGGAGAAGGCAUACCCGAUUUCAGUGGUUAGCUGGAAGAGCUUCAAAAUCAAGAGGUGCACGGUGAACACCCUGAGUGCUGAAUGUCAGGCCAUGAUACAUGGCGUUGGGUCGAUCCACUGGCUACGUUUUCUACUACAAGAAUCCUUCGAUGGAAAGCUUCGCUUGGAGGACUGGGAGGAAGCCAUUGGAAGGAUCCCUUGCAUUGCGGUGACGGACAGCAAAUCACUCUUCGAUACAAUGCAGAAGUGCUGCAACACCUCGGCCCACAUCGAGGAUAAGAGGACCGCCAUCGAUGUGACAGUGCUCAAACGCGACUUUCAGCAGACCAGAGGCCAGGUCUUGGCUGAAAUCUCUUUUCGCUUGCCUGUGUGGCGUCGCAACACUGAGACGAACUGCAUUAGACGUUGUGGCUCAAUUGGGCCUUGGGUGUCUACGCGGAAAAAG